AUGGCCAACGCCAUCGGCUCAGCAUGGCGCUCGUUUUGGCAUACCAUGACUUCCUACGAUCGUCAUGCCUCUCACGAUUCUCCCUAUCGCACCGGUCGGCACGUUCCCCUCAGUCAAAGCCGGCAUGAACCUCUCACCUCCAUUGCCACCAGCGCUAUUGAGUCCCGACCCGACCUCUCCAGUCCGUAUGACGACGAGCCACCCAAGGGCUCCGCACAUGUGACCGAAUGGAACGACGCUUCUGCCGACCAUGCUGCGGGUAACCGCCCCUAUUCCCCUGGCAUGCGCUCCUUGGCUUCGCAAAAACGCGGCUCGAGCGAGACGGAGGUGCCCUCAGAAAUUCAAAUGCAGAGCUUUCACGACGGGGCGCCCCCUCCACCCCCCGUAGCUCACUCGUGGCGUAAGAUCGAGCGUUGGUUGGAACAGAACUAUGAGGAACUCCUGGACAACUUGGGUGAGGGAUGCACACAAAACGACAUCAAUGAAUUGGAACACGAAUUGGAUUGCACAUUGCCCCUGGAGCUGCGCGAGUCUCUGAUGAUCCACGAUGGCCAAGAACGUGGUGGUCUGCCCACCGGUGUGCUCUUCGGAUGUAUGCUUCUGGAUUGCGAGGAGAUUGUGCAGGAACGACGAAACUGGAAGAUUGUGAAUGAUGAAUUCUUGAGCCAAAACGGUCCUCCCUCGGCCCCCAUCUCGAGCGCCGUCGCCGGUUCGUCCGCCGCUGCCGCUCAGCAACCCGCGGGCGCAUGGCGCAAUGAUCUGCUCGACCGUCAGGACUCGCAACCUCCCGGCGCCGUGCAAAAGGCCUACGCGCACCACGGCUGGAUUCCCAUUUCUCGAGACUGGGGUGGCAACCACCUGGCCAUUGACCUGGCUCCCGGACCCGCCGGUAAAUGGGGCCAGGUGAUCAUCUUUGGCCGUGAUUACGAUUGCAAGUACGUGGUGGCGCGCUCGUGGGCGGCGUUCUUGGCCAGCUUUGCAGAGGACCUCUGCAGCGGCAAGACCAUCGUCGACGAGGAGACCAACGAGAUGAAGCUCAAGGAGUUCAAGUCGCAAAACGUGGAACCCCCUUACCUGGAGAUUCUGCGCUGGCGAGUGGACCAGAAGUAUGGUCGUCGGGCUCCCCGGCGGCGCGGUCCUCACGGACUGGGCGUCAGUGGUAGCGGCAAGUCGAGCGGCCGAGAGUCACCCUACGGCAGUCCCACGCGUGCCGAGGAGCGUGGUCGCUCUCCUCACCGGUUUGCUAAGGGCUCGGCGCAGAGUCCCAAGACGACCUUUGGCGUGUCCAGUCCCCUGGCGCGUGUGACCGAGGAGAUUGCCAGCCCCAGCACAUCGACGGCAGGCCCUGUGAUUGCGGAAGAUGCGCGUGAACUGACCAAGGAGGCGACCCCAGCCGAGGAUUUGAUGGAGGUGGCGACCCCUCAGAUUUCGAACAAGGAGAACGAGGUUUCGGCCAAUUCGAGCGAUCUCAAGCCCUCGGCAGAGGAUGCAAAGAUGGCGAAGAAGGACAAGGCUGACGGUGCGGCCGAAUCGACGGAGAUCGUUGACUCGGAGGUUUUGGGCGAGAUGAAAAACGUUGCUAUCUAG